AUGCCCGAGAGGAGGCCCUUCGUGCGGCUACCGACUGACGUUUAUCCCGUCAACUACGAACUAUGGCUGAAGCCCGACCUAAUCGACUUCACCUUCGAGGGCAGGCUGGAGGCGCUGGUGGAGGUUACACAAGCCACAAACCAGAUUGUGAUGAAUUGCGCUGACAUGGACAUCAUCAAGGCUUCCUUUUUACCUGAGGGAGGAGAAGGGAUCAAUGCUACGGGGUUCAAUUAUCAGAACGAGGAUGAAAAAGUCACUCUGUGCUUUCCUAAAUCUUUACAGAAUGGCUCCGGUACGUUGAAGGUGGACUUUGUCGGGGAGCUAAACGACAAAAUGAAAGGAUUCUACAGAAGUAAAUACACGACAUCUGCUGGAGACAUCCGUUAUGCUGCCGUCACACAGUUUGAGGCCACGGAUGCUCGCAGAGCCUUCCCCUGCUGGGACGAGCCUGCGAUCAAAGCCACCUUUGACAUCACUCUAAUUGUUCCCAAGGACAGAGUGGCUCUGUCUAAUAUGAAUGUCAUUUCUCGAAAUCCAUAUCCCGAAGACCCCAACCUGGUGGAAGUGAAGUUUGCCACCACGCCCAUCAUGUCCACCUACCUAGUUGCUUUUGUCAUUGGUGAAUAUGAUUUUGUGGAGGGCCAAUCAUCAGACGGUAUAACCGUACGGGUCUACACACCAGUGGGGAAGGCAGAACAAGGGAAGUUUGCACUGGAGGUUGCAACCAAGACGUUACCUUUCUACAAAGAUUACUUCAAUGUUCCUUAUCCGUUGCCCAAGAUUGAUCUCAUUGCUAUCGCUGAUUUUGCUGCUGGUGCCAUGGAAAACUGGGGUCUCGUUACCUACAGGGAGACGGCGCUUCUCAUCGACCCCAAAAACUCCUGCUCAUCAUCCAAGCAGUGGGUGGCGCUGGUCGUCGGACACGAGCUGGCUCACCAGUGGUUUGGCAACUUGGUCACCAUGGAAUGGUGGACCCACCUGUGGCUCAACGAAGGGUUCGCGUCCUGGAUCGAGUACCUGUGUGUGGAUCACUGUUUCCCGGAGUACGACAUCUGGACUCAGUUUGUCUCUGCCGAUUACACCCGCGCUCUGGACCUGGACGCACUGGACAGCAGCCAUCCCAUAGAGGUAAACGUGGGCCACCCAUCAGAGGUGGACGAGAUCUUUGACGCCAUCUCCUACAGCAAAGGAGCUUCUGUGAUCCGCAUGUUGCACAACUACAUAGGAGAUGAGGACUUCAGGAAAGGAAUGAACAUGUAUCUACUGAAGUUCCAACAUAAAAAUGCAUCGACAGAGGACUUGUGGGACUGUCUGGAACAGGCCAGUGGGAAGCCCAUCGCUGCAGUGAUGAGCUCAUGGACCAAGCAGAUGGGUUUUCCCAUCAUUGAAGUGGAGGAGGAGCAGCAAGGUGACGACCGCAUACUUAAAUUAUCUCAGAAGAAGUUCUGUGCCAGUGGACCACACAGUGGUGAGGAAUGUCCCAGCUGGAUGGUACCGAUCAGCAUUUGCACCAGUGAGGACCCUGCCUGCUCCAAAAUGAAGGUUCUGCUGGAUAGACCGGAGAUGACCGUCACUGUGAACGACGUCUCUGCAGAUCAGUGGAUCAAGAUCAACCCCGGCACUGUGGGCUUCUACCGCAUUCAGUACAGUUCAUCCAUGCUGGAGAGUUUGAUGCCCGGCAUCAGAGACCUCACGCUGCAGCCCGUGGACCGACUGGGCCUGCAGAAUGACCUCUUCUCCCUGUCUCGUGCAGGGAUGAUCAGCACCGUGGAGGUUCUGAAGCUGAUGGAGGCCUUUGUCAAUGAACCAAACUACACAGUGUGGAGUGACCUCAGCUGCAACCUGGGAGUGUUGUCCUCGCUCCUGUCCCACACGGACUUCCACGAGGAGAUCCAGGAAUUCAUCCGAGACCUCUUCACCCCCAUCGGUCUGAAGCUCGGCUGGGACAACAAACCAGGAGAAGGUCACCUGGACGUUCUGUUGAGAAGUCUGGUCCUCGGAAAACUGGGGAAGGCAGGACACAAACCCACGCUGGAGGAGGCCAGGCGGAGGUUCAAGGACCACGUUGAGGGAAAACAGACCCUGCCUGCAGACCUCAGGAGCCCGGUUUAUUUGACUGUGUUGAAACACGGAGACAGCGUGACUCUGGAGACGAUGCUGAAGCUUCACAAACAGGCGGACAUGCAGGAGGAGAAGAAUCGGAUCGAGCGAGUGCUCGGCGCCAUCUCAGCACCGGACCUCAUUCAGAAAGUUCUCAGCUUUUCCCUCUCAGAAGAGGUUCGUCCUCAGGACACGGUCUCAGUAAUUGGGGGCGUGGCUGGCAGCAGUAAACAAGGACGGAAGGCUGCGUGGAAGUUUGUCAAGGAAAACUGGGAGCAACUUUUCAGCCGUUACCAAGGCGGCUUCCUCAUAUCACGGCUGGUUAAGCUCACAGUCGACGGGUUUGCUAUUGACAAGAUGGCAGCUGAAGUGAAGAGCUUCUUCGAGAGUCACCCGGCGCCGUCGGCCGAGCGCACGGUGCAGCAGUGCUGCGAGAACAUCCUCCUAAACGCCGCUUGGUUAAAGCGCGACGCGGACGACAUCCAACAGUAUCUACUGCGGCGCAAAGCUCCCCCUGUCUGAGCCUGCCUCUUCCCGCCGCUGCUACCUGCCCCGCCUUCUCUCCCUUCAGCCUCCGCCCCUCUCCUCCUGCAGAGGACCUCCAAGGAUCAUAGCUGCCUCAGCUCCUACAGCCUACCCACCUUCCUUGGCCCUACACUACAGUGCGAAGCAGGGUAGAGCAGCAGUGCGCGCUUCACAGCCGCCUUCGUUUCUAUAUGUAAAGACUGUAUCAAAAAAAAAAAUGAAGACAAAGCCAAGAAUUUAACAAUGUUGGAAACACACAGACUCUUUAUAUGUCAACAAACACACUCCCAUUUCAAUUCCACCAGUUUCUAUUCAUCUUUAUUUUUAUUUUUUUUCCUUUUAAUCCCCAUUCUGUCCACGGGUGGCGCCGUUAAAAAGGCACUUGGCAAAGUGACACACUGUGUUCACAGUUUAUGUCCCGGGCCUGUAUG